AUGGCUGACCCCUUUACUUACAGUGUCGAAUUAAAUUUUCCAGAGGUCAUUGAAGGAAUUUUAAGUUUUUCCCUCAGCUAUGACAAGUUACAGUCAGUUUUACACUUCAUUAUUGAAGCUCUCAAGCGGCAUGAGAAUGGCCUCAAAUUUCUGAUGGACAAAGACCAAGCGUAACUACUAUGUAGGAUGAUAAAUUUUAACACCACAAUUCUAAAUCUCAAAGCAAAGCAAGACGAUUUAGAAGCAAAAUUAAAUUCCGCUGAAAAUAUUAUGCAAUUAUUUGAAUUUUAAAAUCAAGAAAUUCCAUUUACAUAGUUUCAGCAUAAUAUUUUAAUUAAAAUUCAUUAAAAUUGAUGAUAAAUUGGAAAUAGAUAAAUGGUGACCUAAACAAAUCCAGCCUCUUGAUGCAAUUUUUCUCAAACUUUAUGGCCAAGGCUACUGGGCAAGAAAAUAGUUGAGAUUCAGGUCUAAUAUGCAAUUAUGUAUAUCCGAAUAAGUUUUGCAUUAUUUCCUGCUUGAAAGAGAUAACUUCGGAGCCGAAGGAGGAGCUCAUCGUGAUGCCAGGGUUGACCCUGGGCCUAGGGAUUAAGACUUUUUCCUGUAGCUGCUAAGAUCAGGCACCUAGCACCCUUUAGACUCUAGGUUUUUCUCUCCCAGUAUCAUGCCACUUUAUAGUCGUCCGCUCACUCAAACUAGAGCCGAGAAGGCAUGAAGGAGGUAUUCCCAGCGCACAUUACUUCAGAUGUCCAUGGUAUCAGGGUCCGAAGAAGGAUCAAGAUGGUUUAGAGGCAACUUGCCAGUGAGUCAUCAUCCAAGUAUCUGAUAGGAGUGUUGAAAAGCAGAUAAACCCUCAAGGGUCCUUUUCGCCUCGCAAAUACUACAGCCAAGCCUAUCUGUUAAUUAAGAUUAGAUGAUAAAAUUUGAAGAGAAAUUAAAUAAACAGCAAAAUGAUUUAGAAAAUAAACUCAAAGAAGCUCUCGAUGGAAUUAAUAAACAACUGAAAGAGCCAGCUGUUGAAACCAAAGCGCUUGUAAAUAAAAUAGAAAAUCAAGAAAAAGCAAUACAAAAUCAAGACAAAUACCUGAAAGGGAUAAACAAUGAUGUCAGAGAUAUAGAAAAUCAGGCUGAAAAUCUUGCAAAAAGAGUUAAAGAGUUAGAAAGAGAUAUCGAUGAUUUAUUUGGAAAUUUGGGAAAUGGGCAAAAUAAAAGCGAAGGAGGAAAAGGCUCUGUUUCAGCACAAAAUUAUCCAAUUAAAAAAAAUCAAAACCCAAAAAAUAAUAGAGGAAACCAAAAAGGGAAUAAACAGCAUCAAGAUAUUUCUACCAAAGGAAGAAAUCUUAAUGAAAAUCCUUAUGCAGAUGCCAGAGGGGCCGCACAAGAUUCAGAUAGAAUAUCAGGCAAUAAAAGCAAUGAUCCUAGUCAAGACCUAAACAGGAAAGGAGAAUUUUUACCAGAAAAUAAUCAAGGCAGAAAAAAGCUUGAAGAUGAGGACAACCUUGGUGAAAACGCUCAAUCAGGCUUAUCCAAAGGAAAUCUUCCAAGGGCAAAUAUUGAUUCUCAAUACCCAAAUUCUGAAAAUGCUCCUUAUUAUGCUCAAAAUGCUUCAUCAGAUCCUCAUGGAUACCCUGAUACCGAACUUUUAAGUGAAAAUGGCAGACCUCAGCAACGUAUAAAUUUAAGACAGUCAGAAAACCCAGAAGGUAUUACUUUUGAAGACCUCCCACAAGGCACAGAUAAAAAGCAGUAUGCUGGACAAAAAAACAGAGAAGAGCCAGAAGAUGAAUCAUAUGAAGAAAAAGGGAGUAGGCAGCCUAGAAGAAAGGCGAGAGAAUUGUCUAAAAACAGUGAAGAAGGAGAUACUGGAAAUAAUAGAAAUAUUAGAUUUUAUAAGGGUAAAGGAGAAGGAGAUUCAAGCAGAGAAAUUGCUGACCCAGAAGAUGGACUUUUGCAUGGCGAAACAAAAAGAAAAGGAAGAAGAAAUCAAGGAGAAGAGUCUGAAGGAGAAAAAGAUAUGAAAAAACCUGCUAGAGGCCAAGAAGAUCCAGAAGUAGCUUCUUCAAAAGAGAUUAAAUAUGUAAAGAAAAAUCCGAAAAAAAAUCCAGAAAAAGAAAAUAGAAAUAUAUACUCUUCAACUGGGAUUUCUGAUGAAGUAACUGAUGAAAAUCCUGAAAGCCAAGAAUCGUUGCCAAUAUAAACUGAAGUUUAUUAUAUUAUAAAAUAUAAAAAAAAUUUAAAAUAAUAUAUUAGAUUUAUAUAUAAAAUGGAUGAAUUCUUACUCCCCCCCCUCCGUGAGUGAACAAAAAAAUUUUGUUCACUCACGGAGGGGGGUUAGUUUUUUUUUUUAAAAAAAUUUAUAUAUAAAUUUUAUAAAAAAUAUUUUUUUUUCAAAAUUUAAAAAAAUCCUAAUUCGCAAAAAUUUGAAAGCAAAUAUUAAUUCAAUUUAUAAAAUUUAUGUUUUAAAACGCAAUUUGUUUAAAAUUAAGCAGAAUUAGAUCUAGAUUUCAUUAUGCUAAUUAUCACUUAUAUAUCAAAAUUUUUUUCUAUAAAAAAAUUUUGCUAUUAAAAAAAUUUUUGUUCACUCACGGAAGGUGGGUUUUUUUGGGUAAAAAGUAGCGAUUUUUCUAAUGGUUUUGUUCACUCACGGAGGGGGGGAGUUAGUAAUAUUGUAUACAGAGGAAAACAAGGAAAAAAUACAAAUAAGCCUGAAAUUGAUAAAAAUAAAGACGAAGGAAUUAAUAUUUCUCAAGAAGGAUCAGAGCCAAGCUACAAAAGAAACACAAAAAAUCCUAACAAAGGCUUUAGGAGAGAUGCUGAUUUAAAUAGAGAAGGUUUGGAUAGAGAUGAGGACAAUUUAUACAGAAAUCAAAGUGAAAAUAUACCAUCAGAAAGGCAAUCAUUAAGAAAUAUCCUUAAUUAGUUUGAAUUGAGUAAGACUAUCACUAAUAUAAAAUAAAUAAAAAUGCCUUAAAAAAUAUUAUUUUAUCAACACCAUUUUUUCCCAUAUAAAUAUACACAAAUUUUAAUCAAAAAUAGCAUAUAAGUGAAAGACCCUCAGGCAGACAAAAUGCUUAUAGAAACCAACAAGAGAAUCCUUAUACAGGCCAUGAAGAAGAUUCAUACGGAGAUCAAGAAAAUCCAUCAGAAUUCGAAAACCAUUCAAGACCUUCUAAAAAUCAAGGCAGGAAAUAUAAUAGAGAAGGCGAAAAUUAUCAAGAAGACCCUGAAGAUGGCUCAAGCUAUUCAAGAAAUACUGAAAAUGAGAGAAGACAAAAUAGGCCUUAUAAAAGAGCAGUUUAUAGUGGAGAAGAAAACCCAGCUGAUGAAAAUUCUCAAUCGCAGCGGAAUAAAGAUCCAAGAAGCCAAGCAGUUGGCCCUUCUCCUGAUAGACAAGGAAAUUCUGAUCAAAACCAAGGGGAGUUCACUAAUAAUUAUAGGCCAGACAAUAGAAGCCAGAGAAAUCCUGAUGAAUUUGUUGGAGAUAAUCCUCAAGAUUUUGUAAGAAAUUACAAGAAAAACGCAAGAGACCUAGAAAACCCUGAAGGAGAAGAAUUUUCUGAUAGAAAUAUCAGAAAUCAAGCAGACUUGCAAGGAGAAAUGUUAAGAAAAUCCAGAAGAGACCAAGCGUAUCCAGAAGACGAAUCAGAAAGAAAAUCAAGGAGAGAUCAAGAAAACCCAGAAGACCUUUCAAGUGGUGCAAGGGGCUUGAGAAAGGGUCAAGAUAGCACAGAGGAAGAUGCUUCACAAGGCAGACCAAGAAAAUAUGGAAGAAGUGAAGAUAACCCAGAAGAAUUUUCAGGAGAGCCAUCAAGAAAUUAUAGGAGAGGCCAGGAAUACCCAGAAGACUACUCUGGAGCAGCAAAGUAUGGAAGAGGCCAAGAAAAUCCAGAAAAUUUCUCAGAAGAGCCAGCAAAAAACUAUAGGAGGGGCCAAGACAAUCCAGAAAACUUCUCAGGAGAGCCUGCAAGAAAUUAUAAGGUAGGCCAAGACAGCCCCGAAGAUUACUCUGGAGAGCCAGCAAGAAACUAUAGAAGAGGCCAAGACAACCCCGAAGAUUACUCUGGAGAGCCAGCAAGGAGGCAUAGAAGAGGCCAAGAAAACUUGGAAGGAGAUUUCUCACAAGAAAACCCUCAAAACUACCAAGAAGAUCCUCAAGAAGAAUUUUCACACAGUGGAAAUGCGAAAAAGCCAAGACGGCCUAAUAAAGAAGUCACUUUUAAAAGAGACCAAGACUCUCAAGAAAAUUCAGGAGAUUUAAAUGCAGAAACUGAAAGAGGGUAUGGAAACCCUAAUCAGCGUGGGUCAAGAACUGAAAGAAUGGCUAGACAAGCUAGAAAUCCUGAAGAAAACCUUCAUUUAAGUAUAAAAAAUCCAUCUCAAGAUCCAAAUGACAGAAAAUACGGCCAAAGUCAAGGUAAUGAAGAAGAUCUUUCUGAAGGAGAAGCAGAAAACACUGAAAGAAAUAAAAAAAAUUAUAAAAAUCCACAAGAAAAUUAUGAAGGAAAUGAAGAUUUGUCAGGAGAAGAAGGGCAUAGAGAAACUGGAAGAAGAAAUGCAGAUUAUAAUAGAAGAAACCAAGACAAAAAUAGUCAAAAAUACACAAACCCUGACUAUCAAGGAUCACAAACUGAUAGAGGAAAUGAAGAAUAUGGCGAAGCCUCAGAAACAGACAGAAAAUACCCUGAAGACAUCAGAAGACCUUUAAAACUAAAAUUAAAAGGCCAAGAAGACGGGAAAAAGCAGCAAGGUGACUUGUCAGAUCAAGAAGGAGCUUCAUAUGAAGGAAUCAACGAAGGGUCAUCUCUAGAAAAAGCUGCAUAUCCUAAUAGGAAAAACCAAGGAAGCACAGCUCUUAAAAAUAUAGCAAAAGGCCCAGAAGCCAAUAAAAAAUCCAACUUAAAAAGCCUAGAAGAAAACAAACGAGACCUUUCAAGCAAAAAAGACUCAAGAGACACUUCUGAUAAAAACAGAGAAAAUGCUUAUCAAGCAGGAAAAAAUUCUGCGAAAAAUACUGCACAAGGUAAUAGAGGAAACAAUAUUCCUAAAUACCAAGGUGCAAGAACAGAAAGAAUGAUAGGGGAUAACAGUCCAUCUCCAAGGCAUAGAGCCAGACAAGCGAAAUAUGCAGAUGAGACGCCUUAUUUUAAUACUAAAAAUAUUUCUGGGGACUCUGAAGAAAAAUAUGCUGAAGUCUAUGAAUUUGUUUAAAAUUUUAGGAAAAAAAUAGGGAUUUUAUUAAUGGAAAUUUAGAGAAAACAGAGUAUGAUUUAGAGGAAGAUGAAGAAGGGGUAGAAGGGGUAGAAGGAGCUGGAAAAGACAACAGAAAAUUCAAUAAAAAUAUAAAAAAUCUGAAUGAAAAAGACAGUGAUAGGCGUACUGCUUAUAACAAAAAUCAGCCUGAUAGCUAUAAUAGACAAGGAGGCAAUAAAAAUAGAGAAGAAAGCCAAGGAAAGAGUAAUGCAAAAAAAAAAGAAAAUAGCAGCAAUGCAGGAAAUUAUAGAAAGAAAAAUGAAGGUGAAGCUGACAGAAGUCAAAGAGAAAAUGCAAGAGACUAUUCUCAAGAUAGAAGCCAAUAUAAAGGCGAUAAUCGACAAAAUUCUCAAGAUAGAAGCCAAUAUAAAGGUGACAAUCGUCAAAAUUCACAAAUCAGAAAUCUUUCACAAGGGAUAUCAGAAGACCAAGAAUACUCCCAUGAAAACUCCCAGCAAAAUAAAAACCAAACUUCUCCAAUUACUGUAAUACCAAACCCAGCCACAACAAUAAUCUACAACAAAAACACAAACGCUCCACAAAUUGAUGUAAACGCUAUAAAAAACUUAGAAAGAAAAGUCGGUGACAUUGACCUAAUUCUUUCCAAUUUUUCUCACCUUUCCCCAGAAGCUAUCGAAGAAAUUUUAAUCAAGCUAAGAAGGCUUGAACAAAAGCUCAACCAAAAAAUCGACAAAACCGAAAUUGACGAUUUAGCUAAAAAAUUAGAAGAAUUGUCUAAUGAGUUUGGAAGCAUAAAUAUUUUAUUCCAAAAAUAUGAAUCAAAAGAUGCAGCACCAGAGCCGCCACAAAAAACUAAAACUACAGACACUUCUGCCUUAAAUGCGUUAAACAGAAAACUUCUUAUUUUAGAAGAAACAGUUAAGCGCUUCCAAUUGCCGACUGGUGUUGAUUUAUUCCAGCUUUGGAACGAUAUUAAAAAGAUUUGGGAUGCUAUCAAGGACCUUCAAAAUUUACUGCAAAAAAUAUCUACGAAUAUGCAAGAAAAAUUAGACAAUCUUGAAAAAAAAGUUGAUAAAAAAAUUGAUGAAAAUGCAUUAAAAGGGGUAUUUUAUUCAUUUUGACAAAAAAAAAACACACAUAUCCAGGGGCAAAUUUUCAUAGUUAGACAUUUGCCUGGCAAACGCAGAUAUAGAAUUUUCCUAUGGAUGGCGCUGUUAGCCUUGAUUUUCCACUGGGAAAAUUUUUUGGUUCGACCAGUAUCAUAUGGUUUGGUCAAACCAAAAAAUUUUCCCAGUGGGAAAAAUCAAGGGCAAACAGCGCCAUCCAUAGGAAAAUUCUAUAAAUUUUUAAGGAAAAAAAAGCUCGUCAAUUUUCAUGAGUAAUUGUCUGGGAGAAAAAAGCGCAGAAGAAAGUGUCAUGCACCGCAUUAAAAGCAUUAGAAGAAAAAUUCUUUAAAGCGCUGCAAGAAGCUAUAGACAACCUCAUGGGGAAAUUUGCCGAUAAAAAUGACACAAGAAAAGCCCUAAAAUAUAUAGAAACCAUUAUAAGGUCUCAAAAGCAGGAUGAAGUCAUAGAAAAAAGAGAAGGAGAAGAUGCAAUGUUUGCAAGAAAACCUUUAGGCGGAUGGUCUUGCGCAUCUUGUGAAAAAGCUCUAGAAAACUUGACUGGAAAAAUAGGCCCAUUCCACCCAUGGAAUAAGCUGCCCUUAAGAGAUGCAGCUGACAGAAUUGCAAGGGUAGGGCCUGGAUUUUCAAGAAUGCUAUCAACAUUGCCGAAUGAAGGCGCCAAAACAUUAAGAUUGGACCAUGUAAGAUCUAUUUCCCCUCUUGGAUAUGCUACAGAAUACGAAGCUAUUACUCCUGAGCCUGUAAUUCUUCCAAAGCUAUCUGAUAGAUCAGCAACUCCUGGCCCUAGAUAA